UUGUUGUUCGAACUUGUUUGAACCAAUUGGUGUUUUUGCUAUUUUAGCUUUGUUGUUUACAACAAAGAUACCAUUAGCUUCGUUUUAUACAUGGCUACCCAUUGUCCAUGCUGAGGCUAGUACGCUUGUGUCUGUUUUUUUAAGUGAUUAUGUGAUGAAGUUAGGUGUUAUAGGAGCAUAUCGUGUGUCUUCAUUUUUGUUUUCCGAUGUGGUUUGUAUUACAGCUUAUGUGUGCAUUGUUGUCUUAUUUUGUGUUUUUUGUUUUAUUUCUUCGUUGCUUCAGCUAGAUGGAAAGCGUUGGUUGUCGUUUUUAAGUUUAGCCCACAUGGCUGUGGUUUGGAUAUUUAGCUAUGGCAUUAUUUGGAUUAAGUCAUCUGGAUUUCUUUUUUUGUAUUGUGGUUUUUUUUACACCGCGUCUUUCCCACCGAGUAUUGGGUUUUUUAUUGAGGUGUGGUUGGUUGGUUUAAUUAUAAAAAAUUAUGAAUUAUUGGUGCUAUUUAUGUUAUAUUUGUUCAUAAGAAGGUUAAUUCCAAUAAUAUUAUUUGGUUUUGGUUUUAUAGGACGAUUGAAUGUUGAUAAUCAUUAA